GCAUAUCAGACAGAUACACGUUCACGGUAGCCGCAUUAAACAGAAUUUUCAAUGAAAAAACUAUACUUCGGAUUCUCUGUCGAUUGACGUUUACUUUCUUAACAGCCUAGAUAGAAGAUGAAAGACAAGAUGAAUAAUAUUGAUGAGUUUUUUCAAAGUUCGCAAUAUAGUUUUAUACGAAUGGUAUUGAGUGCCUGCGGCCUGUGGCCCUUUCAUACCGUACUCAGACGCUGCGUGAUAUACUUUACGAUGUUAUUGGUACUCGGAUUCGGAUUGAUGUUCCAGAUGAUGGGUGCUAUGGAAAUUCGGCAUGAUUUUUUUGUAUUACUUGACUGCGCACCGUCAAUACUUAUUCAUAUACACAUAACGUGUAUAUUCAUUUUUAUGAUAUACAAAUUACCCGAGAUAAGAUCACUUCUGAUUAAGAUACAAAAGUACACUCUCUCGCCAAAAUCGAGCGAAGAGUACAAAAUACACAACUCACAUGCAACAUAUGGACGAAAGUUAACCAUGGCUUAUAUGGGUAUCCAAGCUGGUAUUGACCUCCUUUUCGUAUUUAUGACAGCAUUGGAAAGAUUUGUCGCCCCAAAGUCCGAAUACAAUGCGUCGUUUGAUGAAGUCCCCGAAGUCCAAUCGGGACCCGAAGUCCAAUCGGGAAUACUUUAUCGCGUUAAUUACAUGGUGGACUUUGACACACAUUACGUUCCAAUUUUUUUACACACAUCCGUAGUGCAUGUCAGUUACAUAUUAAUGGCACUUACAAUUGACGUUCUGUAUGUAACGCUAGUCGAAUACUGCUGCGGUUUAUUUACGGCUAUCAGAUUUCGGCUAGAAAAUGCGUUUGAGUUCGAAAGUGACAGCAAUGAUUCGAUAACGACGUCCACGAAUAAAUCUUAUUCGAACGUAGCAUAUAGUAUUCGAAGACACACGGAAGCAAUACAAUUUGUCGCCAUUAUAGAAUCGACGUAUAGCGUGGUUCUCUUUCUACAUGUCGGAUGUUGCAUAUUAUUAUUAAGUAUCGUGGGAUAUCAGAUAAUAACAAACAUGGAACACCUUGACCACCUUAUGGCUCACGUUAUCCAAUUGAUCACAACUUUACUUUAUGUAUUCUUUUUUAAUUGGCAAGGUCAGAAAAUUAUAGAUUACAGCGAAACAAUCUUUGAAUCCGCAUAUAAUACGGAGUGGUACAAUAUGCCGAUAGCGGCAAGAAAGCUUCUUAUUAUGAUUAUGAUGAAAGGUAAAGAGCCAUUGACAGUAAGUGCCGCUAAUAAACUUAUCAUAAUGUCAUACGUGACUUUUAAUGCGAUGUUGCGGAUGUCAAGUUCAUACUUUAUGCUGUUACGAUCUGUGCAGUGAAAUAAGUAACAGACGACACUUCUAGAUUUAUAUUAUCCAUUGCAUUUUAUUAAUUGACAACCACAUUUUUACGCAAGUAUUUAUAUUACUACCACUGUAAAAAUAUUAUAUUUAAAGUUGAAAAAAAAAUUCUAAAGGAAGAAAUUUGCAGCCUGUAAUCCAGAAAACACCAACAUAAUGUCAAUGUUAUAAUUUCCCACUCAACAACGUUACUGCAAUAUUUUGUGACAAUUAUAUUGUUGAGUAGGAAAUUAUAACAUUGAUGUUUUGUUACUGCUAGUUAGUGUUUACUGGGAAGUAUAAAAAAUUUGUUUCUUGAUUAUUUAAAUAAUUAUUAUUAUAGUUAAUCUUGUUUUCUAUGCUUUAUAAUUACGCAAGUAAAAAAAUAUUCAAAACAAAGCAAAUAUUUAACAGCAUUGUAGAAUGGACAA